AUGAGUGCAGAACUCCAUACACAGCUGAUUCUGAAGGAAGAGGGGGUUGAUUCAGUCAACGAGACCCUGGAGUUCGUCGAUGACAGUCCCAUUAGGUCACGGGAGGGAACCGAGGGAUCCAUCAGGCCCAGACCACUUAUUUGUAAGCCAGAGAAUGUAAACAUUGAUUGCAAAUCCGAACCAAUCGAGAAUAAAUGGCACUGGGCACCUGGUGCAUGGCAGGAUGCGACGAGAACAAGUGCGUUCCAACCUUACAAACCCCCCACCCUCCUAACAAAUCUCCAAAGAGGCAACACGAAGACUGAAAUACCCCAGCUAUACACUGGAGGUGACAUCACCUUUCACACACUAGCUGGACAGGGUGAAUUAACAACUGUGAAUUUACAAUCCGGGAAAAUUAAUGCACCAGAUGAGAAUGGUUUAACAGCUUUGAUGUGGGCAGCGACUUAUGGACAAUUGGGUAGUGCUAGAAUGCUACUCAAGGCUGGAGCUGAUAAGAAUUAUCAAGGGCUCAAUGGAGAGACAGCAUUACACCUGGCAGCAUCCUCGGGGCAACACGAUCUCGUCAAACUACUGCUUAACCAAGGGGCGGAUGUUGACGCCACUGAUGACGAGGGAAACACUCCAUUAAUUUAUGCAGCCUAUGGAGAUCACCCCCACGUGUGCUCCGAACUCCUGACCAGAAAGGCUGAUUUGACUCAUCGAAAUGCUCACAACAUCAGUGCCUAUCAUGCUGCUAUCUUGAAUAAAUCUCAUACAGCCAAAGCUGUGAUAGAAAAUUAUUUGAUUCAACACUGGAUUCUAUAAUAAUUUUUUCUUGACUCUGGACAGGUAAUUCUUCCUUAGGAUGCCGAUCCGUCGAUAAAAACUGAUUCAACUUUUUUUACAACUAAAACAGGAGAAUUGCUCCAUAAAACUCGUCGUUCUAUAAUAAUGUCUCCAAGACAGUACAUGUACAUAUUUGUUGAUUUAAUUCUGUUUUUAAUAAUUAAACAAAUAAGCUUUAUAUCUA